UAUACCUCGAAAAUGUCGAUUGCCUUCUGACUGAAGUUGAAAAAAAAGAACAAGUUGGUCUAUCUAUAUCAGUCCUCUUUUUUGGCGAAGUACAAUAUUUUCAGCGCGAAAAACAAUUGAUUUGCUACACUGACCAUUUGCUAUCUAUUAGGAUGGCUGAUGUAUUGGAUUUACAUGGAGAGAAUGACUUUGAAGAAGAUGCAGACGGCGACCAUGGUUUAAUGAAAUUGAAGGAAAGUGCGAAAAAAAGAAAAGGCAGAGGAUUCGGAGCUGACUCAGUCGGAACGACAAAAGAAGGGUAUGAAUCUCUAGUAGUAGAUGACGGUUCGUCAAAAUCAGGACCUCAAAGAUCCGUAGAAGGUUGGAUCUUGUUUGUAAGGAAUGUACAGGAAGAAGCUACGGAAGAAGACAUUCGAGAUAAAUUCUGUGAAUAUGGCGAUAUCAAAAAUAUACACCUUAACCUUGACCGGCGAACUGGUUAUUUAAAAGGAUAUGCAUUGGUAGAAUAUGAAAAUUUCAAGGAAGCAUUUACUGCUAUGGAACAUUUAAAUGGUUCUGAGCUAAAUGGUCAAAGAAUUCUUGUAGAUUGGGCGUUUACGAAAGGUCCAAAUCCAAUCAAGAUGUCAACCAAACACAGAACACGUGAACGUAGUAGAAGUCGGUCAGUUGACCGUGCUCGACGAUAAUUGUACUCAUCCUCUAGAUGAAAUAUGUUUUUUUACAUAUCUUAAUAUCUUUUCAUCAAACAAGAAAUCAGCAUCGGCUUGGUCUCUUGUUGCGCCUUUAUUUUUUUAAGCUACACCUGUUCGAGUCAAAAUUACGUAAAAUCAUGGAAACAUUUGCAUUCCUUACCUGUUUCAUUAUAAUUAACCGACUGACUGUACAGUGUGUUUCACUUUGAAGUCAAUUGUAUGUAGUAAGCAUGGAUUUUGUUGGAAAGCAUCAGGUACUUGGUUAAGACCAUAGUCUAAAUGCGAAAGCUAAUGAUACUACCAGACUACCGAAACUGAAGUAGGUGGAGCGGGGUUCGGACCUAGAGCAUGAUAUUGAUGACAAGUACACAAAUCGUCAUUCAUUAUUCAGAAUAGGUUUAAACGAAAACUUGAUAUCUUUCAGGCAAUGCAAUUCUAUAAAUUUGCGGUCUCAUGAAUGUUUGGUGAAUGAUCGCAUCAUAGGUGUGUAGAUUGAUACAUACGCCUCUGCUGUGAAUAAGUUCUCAUCCCACACAAUAUGACAGAUACAUUAGUACCCGGCUAUCCAAAUAAACUUGACGAAAUGUAAUUGACCCAUUCUCUAAUAUGUCUAAAUAUUCUUAUGAUACCUAGUGACAUGAACGCGUUAAUUACAUCCUCAUACAGAAGCACUGUCUAACAACGGUGACAAAGUCUCAUGUUUCUGAACUAGACCAAAGCCUUGAAAAUCUGUUAUUUAGUAUAUUAUGGUGAAUAAAAUUCUAGGACCAAGUAAGAAUUCUGUGGUUAAUGUAUGAAAUCCAAACAUUUCAAGUGCAUACACUAAUUAAAUUCCCCAUACCAUUAUUUUAAAGGUAGGAUUUUCUACUGAAAAUUAUUUACGAGGUACUUUUUUUAGUCUUUCGUAGUUUAUAUAAAACUAGAAAAUUACAAAUAUAGAUCUCGAAAACAAGCUUAUGAAUUAAAACUAGUUUAUUAAUAAAAAGAAAUAUGGCAACAGCUAUUGUGGGUCAAAUGUACGCUUAAAAUUAG